AUGUCGAGCCUCCUGCCCCUUCGCGCCGCAGCCGCCGCUCGCCGCCGCCUCCUGCUGCAGCCCCCGGCGGCCCCGGGCCCGGCGGCGGCGCGGAGCGGCAGCGGGGCGCUGCCCGGCGGGCUGGUGCGGCGGGGCGGGCUGGUGGGCGGCCGCUGGCUGGAGGCGCCCGCGGCCUUCGCUGUGCGGGACCCGGCCAGCGGGCAGGAGCUGGGCCCCGUGGCCGACUGCGGCGCGGCCGAGGCGAGGGCGGCCGUGAGGGCCGCGCACGGGGCCGGGGCCGCCUGGGGCCGCCUCCCCGCCAAGGAGAGGAGCGCCCUCCUCCGCAGGUGGUACGAGCUGAUGGUGGAGAGGAGGGACGACCUGGCCGCGAUCAUAACGGCGGAAAACGGAAAACCUCUGAAAGAAGCGCAGGGGGAAAUCCUAUAUUCUGCCUCAUUUCUGGAAUGGUUUGCGGAAGAAGCUCGCCGAGUUUAUGGUGAUGUCAUUCCAGCAUCUGCAAAAGACAGAAGAAUCCUGGUGCUGAAACAGCCGGUGGGAGUGGCAGCUAUUAUAACCCCAUGGAACUUCCCCAGUGCUAUGAUUACCCGGAAGGUUGGUGCAGCUCUGGCAGCUGGCUGUACAGUAGUAGUGAAACCCGCAGAGGAUACACCUUUAUCAGCAUUGGCUCUUGGAGAGCUUGCAAACCAGGCUGGAAUUCCUGCAGGAGUGUAUAACGUUGUUCCUUGUUCCAGACAACAGGCACCAGCUGUAGGGGAAGUCUUGUGCACUGAUCCAUUGGUAGCCAAAAUAUCUUUUACUGGCUCUACUGAAACAGGAAAGAUACUGCUGAAGCACGCAGCUGGCACCGUGAAGCGAGUCUCCAUGGAGCUUGGAGGGCACGCUCCUUUUAUAGUGUUUGACAGUGCCGAUGUGGACCGUGCUGUGGCAGGAGCCCUUGCUUCUAAGUUUAGAAACUCAGGACAGACAUGUGUUUGCACAAACCGUUUCCUGGUGCAGAAGGGAAUCCAUGAUGAAUUUGUGGAAAAGUUUGCUAAAGCCAUAAGGAGCGAGCUACGUGUUGGAAAUGGAUUUGAUGCAAAUACCACCCAAGGGCCACUAAUCAAUGAAAAAGCAGUAGAAAAGGUAGAGAGACAUAUUAAUGAUGCAGUUUCUCAAGGAGCAUCUAUUGUGACUGGAGGGAAACGACACAGCUUGGGGAAGAAUUUCUUUGAGCCAACAUUACUGAGUAAUGUUACAACAAAAAUGCUUUGCACGCAAGAGGAGACAUUUGGCCCUUUAGCACCGGUUAUCAAAUUUGAGACUGAAGAAGAAGCUAUUGCCAUAGCAAAUGCAGCCAGUGUGGGUUUAGCAGGAUAUUUCUACUCCCAAGAUCCAGCUCAGAUCUGGAGAGUUGCAGAGCAGCUGGAAGUUGGAAUGGUUGGUGUAAACGAAGGCAUAGUCUCCUCAGUGGAGAGUCCUUUUGGUGGGGUAAAGCAGUCUGGCUUAGGACGAGAAGGUUCGAAGUAUGGCAUUGAUGAAUACUUAGAAAUAAAAUAUGUCUGCUUCGGAAGCUUGUAAAAAUCUUCAGAAAGCACAAUCCCAACAUUUUGGAAAAGAGCAUUGUAGUUUUAAAAGCUUUUUGAACCAGAAUUAUGUUAUGAAUGCAACAUUUACCUUCUUCAAAACUAAGCAACCCUGUUCUGUAUGCGUAGAGAUAUUUACAACAUUCUGUGCUGCCACAUGUUUUUACAUGUUUGUACGUUGUUUUUGACCAAUGUGAUCACAGUGCCCAUCAUCUCUAACAAGGAGUAGCGAGGAAUGCACAUCUGUUAUCCUUAGAUUACCCCUGUGUAGUUGGGAGGACUUGGAGACUUCUGCAUUAUGAAAAUAGAUCAUAGCCUGUGUCAAGGGGAAAACUGACUACCAUUCGUUGUUGCCUGCUUGAGUGUGUGUAGGGCGUGGGAAGUGUUGAGAAUGGCAGACUCCCUUUAGAGUUUUGUGUAAAUACCAACAUUUUCUAAUGUGGUUAUGUAACUUUCUUUUAGAAGCAGGCAUGUCUCUUUUUAACUGGGGGAUAAUCUGAUGCUUAUGAAAGGUGAGGAGUGUUUUUUAGCUACUGCUAGGAGUUGAUGCAGGUGAACGUACAGCUUUGUCAGUGCAUGUUAAUGCUGGCUGCAGAGCUGCCAGCUGUUCAGCUCCGGUCUUCUGAGCAAAGAGCUGUAAUUUGUGCUUAACAGCUUACAGGUUUGGGAUCGAACGCCUUUGUCUGGUAUGUAUGAGAGUCCCAGCUGUCCUGGGAAAACAUCAGCAAAGGACAAAGAGUUGCCGGCGUAGUGAGUAGUAGGAGGAAGAUAGGAUGUACGGUUACAGGAAUAACUUGUAGAAUUGUCAGGGGACACUGAAAGGGCUGUAUGAAUGAAUUCCAAGUGGUGACAUGAUGAUACACAUAACUCCCUUCUGCGAAAAGAAUGUCCUUUUGUAAAAGGAAGGUCACUGAUGUAAAUGUUGCUCAGCGUCUAGAAUGUUACCCACCACCUCCAAAGAACAGGAGCAGAUAGAUGGUUCAGUUCCUCUGGGCUUUGUGCCUUGAAUCAGAUUUGUGGUCACACAGGAAAAUAACCUUUAAGGAGGAAGGUACAAAAACCUUUAAAAUUGGCUAACUUGUGGUUUAAUAAGGACUUAAGUAAAAAUGACUAGAGGUGAAACUUUUACCCAUAACCUCACUACUUUAAUUGUCAUCUUUAAGGAUAAUUUAAAGAAUCCUUAAUAUGACACAAACAGUACUGUUUAAACGUUAUUAUUUCAAUGAGACUUGAAGCAUUUAAAAAAAAGUGCAAUGCUAAUUUGGCAAAUAAAUCAACAUAGCAGAGACUAAGGAGAAGAAAUUUUCUUUCCUGUACUUAAAUUGUUUGGUGGGAUUUUACCCAUUAAUUACUGAAAAAAAAUAGAAGGUAACACACCACUUCUUCCUAAUGAAUGUACACUAUGAAAUGGGCUAUUUUAAGAUAUUUUAUCCAAUGAAGCAAAAAGGUACCAGGUACCAUAAGACUUACACGAAAGAAGAGCCAGAGCUGAGUUUCACAGAGUUUUAUAAAGCACACAUGAGGUAGCAUUGACUGCUGCUCAUUAUUUCUAAAUAUUUUUUUAUGUUUAUAUUUAUCUAACACUUGAGACCAGGUGGGUGUUUGUAUGUAACACAUUACUUGUCAGUAAAUGUAUAUGUGUGCAUCCUGCCAGUUGAAGGACAGGUAAAGAACACUUAUUGCCCUUCCAAGCAUUUCCAAUGCACCAAAAUAAAUGCAUGUUUAAGGUAAUAAGGACUUAAUACUGUUAUCAGUUGCCGUACAUUUGUCUUUUUUUCCAAGAACAAAAAAGGAUAGCCAACUUCUACCUACACUAAUUGCAAGAAACCUUCCACCCAACCUCUGAGAUUACACUACUGAGCACACAGGCUACCUGAAUUUAGAGAAUAUGAGGAUGUGGAACAGGGAGCUCUUUGCCAGCUUUGGCUGCCAAUACAUUGUUUAUUUCUUACUGGAAAGUGUAACGAGGCUGAAAAAAGGUCAUAACUUGGUGUCUGGGUACUAAUAACACAGUGGUGCAGGCACAGUUGUGGAUGUUGUACACAGGUUGGAAUAUCUGCCGCUUUAAUUGCACAGAUUUAAAACUGUCUGCGUGUGAUCUGCAGUAUGAGGUCAAAGUUAUCUCAUUUACUGCUGUAUGACAGUGCAGUUCUGAAUGUAGGUGUACUUCUUGGGACAGUGCAGUUGGAGGAUAAACUUUUUAGCCGGCUGCUCUAUUAAUUGUAAAAACUAGUGAUCUGAUGCAUUGGUGCAUUUAAAAUCUUCAUGUAUUUCUAAGAAUAGCACUGUUAAAAUUAAUGAGUAAAUGUUUACUUUUUUCCUAGCAUUUUUUUUUACUAUGCCUGAUAACAAGCACAAAACAUAAUUAAUAAGGUAUAUAGGCUUUAAAAAAAGCCUUUGUCUAGAUGGGAUUGUGGUAGGAUUCCAGCAUAGCAGCCUUGUGUCACUGAAGUCUACAUCAAUAAGCACAGAAUAAUCUUGAAGUUGUUUUCAAAACAAAAGCUGUGAUUCUUUAACAAAACAUAUACUUGAAUUCUUACACCUCAGUUAUGUUGAUUACAUUUGUGAUAGUUCAGCGAUUUCUGGAUACUAAAACUGCAAUGGAAAAAUGUUUUCAGUUAAUAAAUAACUUCUGUGAAAGCA